UGAAUUGGCGCACAAUUGGAAUGUGAAAAACUUUCUUUUGUGUUUUCCAGCUGAAAAUAAUGUAUUGUUGAGGUUUUGCUUUGAUGAAGUAUGGAACUUGAGUCGUAUUGCAGAACUAAACGUUCCAGAGAAAGUUAUGCAGACGGUAAUAUUGAGGAGAAUGCUCAGCACAAAUUCAAGCGAUUGUUAGAAAGCACUCAGAUCAAAGAAUGUGCAAGCACUGAUGGAUCUGUGGGUGAACUAAAGAAGGCUGUUCUACAAAUGGUGAAUGAUAAUUUCAGUUUCGAGGGCAUAUUGAGAGAGUCCGGUUGUAUCUUACAGAGUGAAGAUCAUGAUGAAUGUGAUCCACACCAUAAAAAUCCAAAGUUCGAAUUGUGCUCUUCUCUUAGUGUAAAAAGUUGCUUUGAUCUGCUAAAAUGUCAGGCUUCUAAGGCAGCUUGUCCUUUAGAAUUAUUGGCUGCAGAAAGGCUGAGUGGAAGACUUAUUGCUGUUUGCAGCUCCUCUGAACAACUUUUAUCAAAGGAACAACUGGAAUCUGUAAUGGCUGUUUUGGAGUUGAUAAAGAACAUGUUGUCUGAACAGUGUUUUAACAGAGUGUACUUCACAAAACAUUUGACCACCAAGGGUCCCACUAUUCCACUGGAAGUUGUCUGGAUGCUUCAUAAAAACUUCAUAGUUUCCUUCAACACAUAUUUAGCUUGUUGUUUGCAGUACAGUGAGACAGUCGAUGCAGUCGCUGAUGGACUUGUAGCACUCUGUUUAAACAAAAUGGACAUGGAAAAGCAAGAUAAUAUUUUAUCAGAUCUUUUAGGGCGAUUGCUUACAUUUUCCUUUCCUGAAAGCAAAAUGAAAGAAGGAUCCAACAGCUCAUUUGAAAAGGUUUCACAAGAAAUUUUGGACAUUGUUGUGGAUAAGACUGAUUAUUCAGUCUGCAAAAAAGUUGGAAACAGUUCUUUAGAACAGAAUAGCUCAGACAGGUUUUGUGUCCUUGAGAUUAUUAGAAAGCUGAAUGAUGUCCCUUGCACUACAAUAAAAAAGUUUUUUGCAAGACAGCUCACUAGGUUUUUUUCAAUGCAAACAGAUGCUGAAAAGUCAGGGCUACAUUUAGCCUUUUGUAACCAAAAAGAAUUGAAGUUCUCAUCAUUGGGUGAAGCAACAAGAAGAGUGUUUGAACAAUUUCUUUUAGUCUUUGAUCCAAUGUCUGUGAUGGAGUCACUAAAGAAUACUUUCUUUAAGGAAAAGGUUAAUGUGGAAGGAAUCCUUGCAUUUUUGUCGGUGUUUGUGGUCCUUGUGAAGGAGGCUGCAGGCAUGCUGGAAGGUUAUGUCUGUGAUUUGGUGAAUGAUGCACUGAAUAACAGCAACAGCUCUACACUGAGCAUUGCGUUCCUGGUGAUUAGGCAGGUUACACAGCAAGGAGGCCAUGUCUGUCAACCUUAUGUCUCUUGGUUUCAAAGUACAUUUGGAGAUCAAGGAAACCCAAAAUUAAACAACAGAAAAACUGUGCAGCUAUUUGUGAAGUUCUUGUCUGAUCUUGUACCAAAUGAGCCCCCAGAAUAUUUAAAGGUUCACGUCAUCAAAGCUCCUCAAGUACCGGCCAAGUUGCGUGAACUUGUCACUGAUUAUGUGUCUUUGGCCAAGACCAGACUCAUGGACUUAAAGGAGCCGGUAGAACUGAUGGGAAUAUAUGGGAAUAGUAAAGAAACAUCAGGAACAGAUGCGAAAAGUGAACAUACCAAGCAACUUGAACAAGCCUCCUCAGAUGUUGAAAAAGUUAUCGAAUCAUUUGAGAAGUCUGGGAAAGUCCCGAGCACUGUUAUGGAGGCAAGCAUUUUUAGGAAACCUUAUUUCAUUGGAAGAUUUUUGCCGGCAUUGCUAACUCCAAGAAAGGUUCCCGAGGAGCCUGAUGGAAGAGCUCAGUUCAUCGAUGUAUUAAGCACAGCCGGUAAAAUUCCAAAGAGUAUGCUGAGUGCAUAUCAGUCGGCCUGUGAGAAGAUCAUCAUUGAACAGAAUGAAGUGAGUUCUUCAGAAGACGAAGGGACUUUGAGUGGCAUGGAAAAACUUGUAAAAUCUGUAGAGAAAUUUACUAAGCUCGUCACUGAGUCAUUGAAAGGAACCGAUGUUUCCAGACACUCAGGGAGAAUAUCAUCUCAGUUGUCAAUUAUCUCUGGAACUAUACACUCAAUGAUAAAGAUGAACAAAGAAACUCAGUCACCCAAUCAGCUUGUAGAACUAGAUGUCAGCGAAAUGGAAGCAACUUGCACUGACCCGGUUGUUAAUACUUUGCUGGAUGCAUUUUGUCAAACAUGCGAUGCUGUAAGCAGUCACGCAUCGGAAUCGUUGGAUCUUUUAAAGAGGUAUUAUUGGGCUUCUCAAUUUGUAGCAAUGUUUUCAUCAAUAACACCGCUUCACAAAAACUUAUAUUGUCAAUUAUGGAGGAAAUGUUGUUACGAGGGUUCGUCGGUAACGAAUGAAGAAACUCGCGGUUUGGCUGUGUUUCUGUGUUAUUUGUGUGCAAAUCAAAAGACUCUACUUCCAGUUCUUCUCCAAGGAGUUACACAUCGUUCAGGAAGGAACGCAUCCGAGAUCACAACUAUUUGUUCCUUUCUCAAUUCGCUUUGUGAGCAUAUUCCUAUCUGUUCAAGGCGCUGGAUGUACUUUUAUCUGAGGUUUUCAUGCUCUUAUGUGCAGCAUGCCUUAAAAGUGUUCACCUCAAAUACGGCAGAGAUAGACGCCAACACUGGAGAAUCUACUGGCUAUCUGUCUUCAGUCAUGCUACAAAAGAUGUUCUACCUUUUUCAUCGCUUGAAUGUACACGGACAAAGGCUUUUCUUUAAACCAGCGCUUGAUUCAGACCUUUUAUCUAUUGUGAAGAAUUUGACCUCUCUACAAAAGUUUCAGGAACUGCGGGAGAAAGGAGGAGAGUUGUGUUUUUAUGAGUGGUGUAUAUUGGAACUCAGUAUCUCUGCCAGAGAUGAUUUUCUUCCUGAAAGUGACAGGCGCAUUUACCAUCAGUACAGAGUACUGGACCACUUUCUACCCCAGGGAUCCUCACAGGGUGGCUGUGACGGCUCUGCAAGGAAAGUGUGUUCCGUUAUUUUUCAUGCUCUUCUCGACUUUGAACACAGGUUUACACAACAACCAAAUGAUGUGGAGGUUAGUCGAAAAGACAUGAUUCAUUUGUUACAGGAACUCGUCCCAAUGCUUUCCCAGCACUCAAAUGACAACACUUCAGCUCCGUCGGGGAAGAAUUGGCGCGGAUCUUGGCUGCUUGAACAGUUCAACUCCAGACUGGAAAAGAUUCAAUCAGGUGCUAAGAACCAGAAUGGAGGAGCGCAAAAUAAUGAGCUUCUGAAUAGUUCUGUUGUGGUGUCAUGUAUGAAUCUUGCCAUGCAUCUUCCUCCGUUUCUUCUGUUCGCUGAUCAGAUGGAUUCCAGUCUUGACACUCAAUCAAUUACGCACGUGAUAAACUUUAUCAACGCGUAUCUAAGACCUUACAUAAGUGACAAUUGCUGUCUUCCCUUUGAUGUUACGCUCUUCAUUUUCAAGGCUUGGCUUACUUUCACUAGGAGACCAUUCCAUGAAUCACGAAACCCUCAGCUUUUGUCGAAGUUUAUGACGGAUUGUCCCUUGUUUUUUGCUUCUACUCUGUAUUACUGGAAACAGCUCAGACCUUUGGCCAUAACCCAAGUUGAUGUUACUACACAUGGGUCACUAAACCAGGCUGAGUUACUCUUAAACUGGAAAAACAGAGUUGAAACCUCCCAACCUGUUUCCUUGGAAGAUCUGGAUCAUGUGGACGUGAAUUUGGUGGCAUCGUUUAUCGCUGUUAAUCUUUAUACUCUGAACAGUCAAGUGAUGAAGAUAUUCCUUCAAGAAAGUAAACGUCCUACAGAGUUUAUGCGGAAGGUGAGCGCUUUAAAUGGUUAA